ACAUCUUGGUGCAAACAUGGUUCUCCUUCUACGUGGCACAAGUGAGGUCCCAGGGAAGGGAGAGGAGGUCUGCGUGCCAUGGAGGAGACAGGCUUUAAGGAUGAAGUGGAUGGAGCCAUGGCCAGGGACUGCAGCAGGGACAGCACAGCUGGCCAGACCGCAGAGGAGGACCUGUGUGGCGCAGCGAAGGAGGCAGCCCUUGGAACAGGCAGCGAGAGUGCCCCACCACUCAAGGCCCCGCUCAUCUGUUGCGCAGAGGGCCUUGAUAAGGACACCUUUAAAGUUUGCAAGGAGGUUUUGAGACCCUUUAAGUCAUCCCUUCGGAAACUGAAUUUGUCCCAGCACCACCUCAUGAAGAAAAGACUGAAGCACGUCCAGGAAAGUUUGGCCAUAACUGGGAACUGCAUCGAUCAGUUUCUCCACAAGUUCUGCAGAGCCUCAGAAGUCGCACGCUGGCAGAAGAAGUUAUGGCAGUUUGUCUCCCUCUUCUCAGAGCUGGAAGCAGAUCAGUUGGAGAAGAUGUACGUGUGCAUCAAGAAAAACCAAAUGGAUAAGUUUCAACAAUUAUGCUGCCCUUCGGAAACCCCAUAUUCAGAAGAGGAACUGAAUUGGCUUUACACCAGACGGGGUCUCCAAGGAGGGACAGAGAGACCUGCAGGAGCAGCCAGGUCAAAGAGACAGUCACCAUCAGCACAACUGCCAAGUCAACGCCCAGCGGCAGGAAUGGCAGGUGAGCUCAGGCAGUGGCAUCGGCACCAAGCAGGGAAAGCAUCUUCCUGCCCCAGGAGAGGCAUUGAAACUUGGCAUUUUUGCCAGAGGCCCAGGAGGUGAAGAGCAGUCAGUGGUGGAGCUGGAGGAGCCGGGCAGGUUGAACUGCUACUCAGAGAAGAGACAUGGGAGUAGGGAAGACAGCAGUAAGAGAAGCUACUAUAGCACAAGGCAGUAGUAAGGAAGAAGAUGCCUCUUUGUUGGCGCAUGUCAGUCGGCAUUCAUUAGCGUGUCUUUACAUAGCAGCCUGGAUGCUCAGAGCAUAGUUGUGGUUUGCCUUUGGGCCCACCCAGCAAAGCCACACACUUUGUCUUCCAGAGCAAAAAUGCAGACCAACCUGUAGGAAGGGUGUUUGCAAAGCAGUCACUGGGAGCCUGUUGACUCCAGCCAGGACUCCGCCACACGCAAACCCUCAAGGGGGGAUGGAGAAAGGGACAUUAGAAGCAAUUGCUGACAAGAUCAGCUUUGCCACAAACAGGUGCCACGGUCUGCCUGUGGAAGGAGGAUUUGUCCCACAUAAGCCUAUUUUCAAGCUGCU